AUGCACAAUUUCAACGUCGAUCACAAAUACAAGUUCUAGACACGCAUCGGUAAUUGGUUUGAAGAGUGGGAGUUAGAUGAGACCAAGAAAAAGGACUAUUUGAAAAAUAGAUAAAAUGGGUAACUGGCAAGCAUUGUCAAGGAUUAAAAAACUAACUUCAGUCUUAGACUAGCAUCACUUACUUAUCCAAAGGAUGAAUACAUUCAUUUCGGAUUCCAUAUUAUGCUUUAAAAUCUAAAAACAUAAGGCUUUUUAUCAAUAGACAUCUAAGAAAGAUUGAAAAUAAAUGAAGAAGCCUACAAUGUUACUACAGCCCCAACAGCAUAAUCAACAGUAAGAUCUGUAUUCGUAGUUGUGCCUUAUAACAAAGAACCCAAUUACUUUGGUGAUGAUAUUUUACAUUAUGGAUAACAUUUCAGAAUCCUUGCAAAUCCAAGAAUAUCAAACAAUAAAACUUUUUAUCUCCAUUCACUUCCAUAGACACCUACCAGAUGUGCUAAAAUAUCAAGAAAAUAAGAAGUUUGUGCCAUAGAGAGCGAUGUUUUUAAUACAGUGUGGAAAUUAGAACAUUCAGAUCCAAAAAUUAGAUUUGAAAUGGAAGGGCAACCUAUUAGAAUUGAUGACGUUGUACUUGUUAAACAUUCAUUUACCUAACAUUGGUUAGCAAGUGAUGAUAUAGUGUAUCAAAACGAUUUUGGUAGAGAACGCGAAGUUUUUGUGCACUCUUAUUAAUGUUUGAAUAAAACACAAAAUUUAAUAGCAGAAAAAGAGGGCAGGACUACUAUUGAUAUUCCAUUAAGAAAUUAAGAACCUUAGAAUUUAUGGAAAUUUGUUAUUGCAACUAAAUAAAGUCAAUAAUUUGAUGAAUCAGUGAUGGAUGACAAUAGAAAUGUUAAGAAUCUUAUGAUUAGAGUUAAAUAAUAAAUAACAGGUAAAGGUUCUUAUGGAUUGAGAGGGUUGGCUAAAGGCUUUUUUGAAAUGGAUCAAAAUAAUAAUGGGGUUGUUGAGUAUGAUGACUUUAAAUGGGGACUGAGAAACUUUGGACUCAAUCUGAGUGAAGAUGAAACUAAAAUGAUCUUUUAAACAUUUGACAAAAAUAACAAUGGGAAGAUUGAAUUCAAUGAAUUUUUGGAUGCCUUUAGAUUACAAAUGAGCGAUAAAAGACUUUACUUUGUUUAAAGAGCAUAUGCAUCUAUUGAAUAAAGAGCAGGCAAAGUCACUUUGGAUACCAUGGGCAGAACCAUCAAUGUUAAAGAACAUCCUGAUGUACUCAAGGGAUAUAAAACAGAGAGAUAAGUGUUUUAGGAAUUUGUGUCUCAUUGGAAUAAGGCAUAACCAGACAGAGUAAUUUAAUUUUAAGAGUUCGGUGAAUUUUAUUAGGAUGUGUCAUCAGCAAUAGAAUAAGAUGAGACUUUUGAAGCAAUUUUAAAGAAAUCAUGGAAUUUAUGA